GUCUCUUCUGUCGGUCUCGUUGGGUUCUUACUUUAAUCAGUGCGUUCUCCCGUCAUAUUUGGCUCAAAUUAUUUCUGGUUGGAAACCCAGGUAAAGGAGGGAUAUCAUGACGGAGAGAAUAGGAAAAAGGCAUUAGUUACACCAGAGCUCUUAACUUAGCCCAAGUCUCUUGGCGUUCGCGCAAUGUUUAAGGAGCCCGCUAUACGCGUACCAAGUUUAGUGCGUCUCAGAGAAAUAGCACAAGACACGGGAUUGGAUGUUCCUGAAUCUGAUCUUGGAUCAUACCAGAAGGCCAUUUCUACUAUUCUGGCUGAUACCUACCAACGGUUGUACGAGUUACCAGACCCCAAACUGCCAGUGAAAUAUCCACGGACACCAGGUUACAGACCAUCACCAGAAGACAACCCUUACAAUGCUUGGUUCUGGCGCUGUAACAUCCAAGGAGCAUCAAGAGGUAAGCUUCACGGUAAAACAGUAGCCAUCAAGGACAACACGUGUAUUGCAGGACUUCCCCUUAUGAACGGUUCCCAACUACUGGAAGGCUUUAUCUCGGAUACUGACGCAACAGUAGUGACCCGGAUAUUGGACGCCGGUGGACGCAUUAUCGGCAAGGCUGCCUGCGAGAAUUUAAGUUAUGACGCUGGAAGUUUUACUUCAGUAACAGGUCCAGUACUGAAUCCAUACAACUGUAAAAGAAUGGCUUAUGGUUCUUCAUCUGGUUCGGCAGCUUUGGUUGCCGGUGGUCACGUGGAUAUGGCUUUAGGAGGAGAUCAAGGGGGCUCCAUUAGGAUGCCUGCCGCCGCAUGUGGAAUUGUGGGUCUAAAACCCACCUACGGUUUAGUUCCAUAUACUGGGAUCAUGCAGAUGGAAUUUACACUGGAUCAUGUGGGACCAAUGGCUAGGACAGUUUAUGACACAGCUUUGAUGUUGGAGGUGAUUGCUGGGCUUGACGGAGACCUCGAUCCCAGGCAGCCACGAGAUUUGUACAUCGAUGAGACAUACACUUCGAAGUUAUCAGGUGAAAUUUCGCAUCUUAAGCUCGGGAUAUUAAAGGAAGGGUUUGGACUGUUCAGCUCAGAGCCUGACGUUGACAAGCUUGUGAGAAAAGCUGCUGACCAUCUCGGAAGUGCAUCGGGCGCAGUAGUAGAAGAUGUGUCUGUGGCCAUGCACUACGAAGGAGCAAGCAUACUUCAAGGUAUAUGUGCAGAAGGGGUGACACGAGCGAUCUUUGGGGCAGGGUUUGGAACAAGCUCAAAGAUGUAUUACGACAGUACGCUUCAUGAGGCUUUUUCACGAGGCCUGAAGACACACCUGAACGAUUUGCCAAUCACCAUCAAAAAAGACAUUUUACUUGGACGCUUCCUUUUAACAGAAUAUAAUGGAACUUUCUACAGCAAGUCGCAAAACUUGGGACGAGAAUUGUGUAGAGCAUACGACAAAGUUCUAGAAGAUUAUGAUGUGUUGUUGAUGCCAACGAUUCCCAAAAAGGCGCAGUCUUUCCCGCCUGUUAAACUAUCAAUUGCAGAUUAUUUGAGGAAAGUUUCUUACAUUGGCCUAAACACUGCACCUUUCAAUGUCACAGGACACCCAGCCCUGUCAAUCAACGCCGGCUUCAGUGACGGCUUACCAGUUGGUAUGAUGAUUGUGGGAAGAAAGUUUGACGAGGCCACUGUUCUGAACGUUGCCUACGCUUACGAGAAGAUAAGGCACGCCGAAGAUAAUAUAUGCUUAACUGAAUAAAUGCAUGGAAUAGUCAUUUUCUCGUAAGUCAGUUUGAGGAUUUGCUCCUGUAAGACCACACGAACCUUUCCUAUCCUAUUUUGACUGGUCAUUACUGUUAGCUGGAGUGAUAAAGAAAAAGAGGAUAAUAUGAAUGUUUAUGUCAUCCACUGUCGUCUAUGCCCAGGGGUGGGGAAUUUUAACCUUGCUCUUCUUGGGUGGAGAAUUUGACCCGUGAAUGUUAAGUCUUUCUAGCGGAAUAAACGUAUUUUAACUUUUAACAUGGAGGUGUUUAAAAGUGAAAAAAUUUCUUUCGCGAGCAGAUGGCUCAGUAGAAAUGGUCU